AUGGCAAGAGGCCCAAAGAAGCACCUUAAGAGACUCGCAGCUCCAUCCCACUGGAUGCUCGACAAGUUGUCCGGUGUGUACGCUCCACGUCCAUCCCCAGGUCCACACAAGUUGAGAGAAUCCUUGCCUUUGGUUGUUUUCUUGAGAAACAGACUUAAGUACGCCUUGAACGGCCGUGAAGUCAAGGCCAUCUUGAUGCAAAGACACGUCAAGGUUGACGGUAAGGUCAGAACUGACACCACCUACCCAACCGGCUUCAUGGAUGUCAUCUCCUUGGAAGCUACCAAUGAGAACUUCAGAUUGGUCUACGACAUCAAGGGUAGAUUCGCUGUCCACAGAAUCACUGCUGAGGAAGCUUCCUACAAGUUGGCCAAGGUUAAGAAGGUUCAAUUGGGCAAGAAGUCCAUUCCAUACGUCGUUACCCACGACGGUAGAACCAUCAGAUACCCAGACCCAGCUAUCAAGGUUAACGACACCGUUAAGAUUGAUCUCGCCACUGGUAAGAUCACCGAUUUCAUCAAGUUUGACACUGGUAAGUUAGUCAUGGUUACCGGUGGUAGAAAUUUGGGGAGAGUUGGUGUCAUCACCCACAGAGAGAAGCACGAAGGUGGCUUCGACUUGGUCCACAUCAAGGACACCUUGGACAACUUGUUCGUCACCAGAUUGACUAACGUCUUCAUCAUUGGUGAAGCCGGUAAGCCAUAUGUCUCUUUGCCAAAGGGUAAGGGUAUUAAGUUGUCCAUCUCUGAGGAACGUGACAGAAGAAGAGCUCAAGCUGGUUUGUAAAUUUCCUAACCGAAGCAUACUAACUAGGUUACCCUUCUUUUGGUUUGUUUAAGUCAAGAUACAUAAAUUCAUUUAAAAAUGGUGUAGGUCUUUGCGUCAAGGUCUGUUAGCUCUGCCUACCCACCCUUUUAGAGUUAUGGACAGCUGUGUAUGUUGGAUUUUACGCACACAUAUCAGUUUGUAUAUAGGAAUACUGCUGACCGGUCUUAUCGCAUAAUAUAUAAUAUUGUACGGAUAUAUACGUACUAAUAUAUGUAAAUCUUCC